UUUGUGUUUUGCAAUUUUUAUAAAGGUUAACUAAUUUAAUGUAUCGCAAACUGUUCUACACAACAGCUGAUUUGACGUCUAUCUGUAACGUUUACCAACUCUGAACGCCAGUGUUGUAUUUUGGUUAGUAGAUUUUUCCACUCGCGGAUUUAUAGGUGCGCAGCAACGUUUUGACUAAAAGUCCAUGCGUUUCACCACAAAAUGUCAUUGGAUUAGCAUGCAGAAACGCUUAAAGUCAUCUGUUAAACUUGGUGAAAAUUAGCGGAGGCGAGCGAACGACACAGCGAUAAAUAAAAAGCGAAUAACAAAAAGCGAUUAGCAAUAGCAACAACAACAACAACAAUAAUAAGAUGAAUUCAAAAGCUGACGUCAACCGCCGCGUUUUGGCUAUUCAAGCGAAGAAGAAGCGGCAUAGGAACAACAAGAAACGCGGCAAGCAAAAUGCAGCAAAUGGAGCUCCCGUCCAAGAAAAUCAACAACAACAACAACAGCAACAACCGCAACAACAACAACAACAACACAGAAGCGGCGACAACUGCGCUAUGCCCGCGACAUCAGCAGCACCAGCACCAGAAAAUGCUAAUAAUAGCCACACAGAGGGCGCCAGCAAGUUUGAACUGCACGUAGGCAGCGCUGGGGGCGCUGUUAACUCGAAAUCUGUGGCAUCCUUUAGCAAUGCCACCGCGUCCACAUCGAGUGGCUCGGGCAAUACGCCCGACACCCAGUCGCAAUCGAAAUCGAAGAACAGCAUGCACAAUCAGCAGCCACCGCGUAGUUCGUCCAAUGAAUCGGAGGAAUCGGAAAUGAACAGCGAGAACGAGGAGCAGGAACUUAAAGAGGAUUACUGCAAGGGCGGCUAUCAUCCGGUCAACAUUGGCGAUUUGUUUCAGGGUCGCUAUCAUGUCAUUCGCAAAUUGGGCUGGGGACAUUUUUCCACUGUUUGGCUCUGCUGGGAUCUGCAGGAGAAACGUUAUGUGGCCAUUAAGAUUGUCAAAUCGGCGCAGCAUUUCGCCGAAACGGCCAAGGAUGAAAUCAAGAUACUCAGAACGGUGCGCGAGACGGAUCCAUUGAAUCCACGUCGCCAGAAGACGGUUCAAAUGUUUGAUGAUUUUAAAAUCACCGGCGUUAAUGGCACGCACAUCUGCAUGGUCUUCGAGGUGCUGGGCGAUAAUCUCUUGAAGCUCAUACGCAAGUCCAAUUAUCGUGGCAUUCCGCUGGAGAAUGUCAAAAGUAUAACACGCCAGAUCCUAGAGGGUCUAGACUAUUUGCAUGACUGCUGUAAGAUCAUACACACAGACAUUAAGCCGGAGAAUGUCCUGUUGUGUGUCGAUGAGCCGCAUGUGCGUUCGCUGGCCGUUGAGGCGACGCAAUUGUAUUGCAUGAACUCCAAGAUGUAUCCAUCUUUGGUCAGUCGUGCGCCCAAGGAGUAUCGCGAGCCGCCCAUCACCGGCAAGAUGAGCAAGAACAAGAAAAAGAAGCUAAAGAAGAAGGCCAAGAAGCGCAUGGAACUGUUCAAGAAGCAGCGCGACUACUUGGAGCAAACUGGCGGCGAGGAGCAACAUCAGCAGCAGCAGCAGCAGCCCGAUAAGCAUGCUCAAAAUGGUGAUGCAUGCGGCUCCGAUAUCGAGCAUGAUGUGGCCGGCGACGAAGUGGAGCCAAUGCAGCUGACCAAACCGGAUCCAGAUGAGGAUGAUGGCGAUGAUGAGGAGGCUGUAGAACAGCCUGCGCUGUCCAAGCUGGCUAACGAAGCGAGCGCCGGCGAUGCUGGCCAGAAUUCACUAGAGGAAGGUGCUGAGAAGGCCAAAAAGAAGAAGAAAAAGAAGAACAAGAAUAAAACCAGUCAGCAGCAAUCUCAGCCGCAGGAGAACUCCACCAGCAGCGGCGACAGCAGCAGCGCCAGCGCCUUGAAGAGCUCCAACACGAAUGGCAGCAACAGCAGCCAUUCAACCAGCACGCUUAAGGGACAAUCAAAUGGUGCCGCCUUCGGCAAUAAGAAAUCAUCGUCACGGCCCAAACAGGAACAGCAGCAGCAGCCGCAGCAGCAGCAGUUGAACAACAACAAUUCAAAUUCGAAACAAAACUCGAAUAGUAAUUCGAAAAUCUCAAGUAUCUCCAUUGAGCGGUCCUCGUCGGCCAACGGUGGCCCGUAUUCGGAGCCGCUAUUGCCGCCACCUCCACCGCCGCCGCCGUUGUCCAAGCAUCGACUCAAUAAGCGUGAUCCCGCGCUAGAGGCCUGCAAUGUGCAGGUGAAAAUUGCCGAUUUGGGCAAUGCUUGCUGGGUGGAUAGACAUUUCACCGAGGAUAUACAGACGCGACAAUAUCGCUCGCUGGAGGUCAUACUGGGCGCCGGUUAUGAUACCUCGGCGGACAUCUGGAGCACCGCCUGCAUGGUAUUUGAGCUGGCCACCGGUGAUUAUCUGUUUGAGCCGCAUUCCGGCGAUACAUAUACACGCGAUGAGGAUCAUAUAGCACACAUAAUCGAGCUGCUUGGUCCCAUACCACGACAAAUUGUGUUCCGGGGCACGUAUGCACAGCAGACGUUCAAUCGAAACGGCGAGCUGCGCAACAUAACCGGGCUAAAGCCCUGGGGCCUCAUGGAUGUGCUGGUGGAGAAGUAUGAAUGGUCCAAGCGUGAUGCGGAGGCGUUUGCGGCGUUCUUAAAACCGAUGCUGGAAUUCGAUCCGGCCAAUCGUGCCACAGCUGCAGAGUGUUUGCAGCAUCCGUGGCUUAGAUAAGAUACGAUGCAGCCUGGUUGUUGGCUGCGAGCCAGCCAGCCAGCAGGAGCAGCAGUAGCAGUAGCAAUAGGAGCAACAGCAGCAGCAGUAGCAUCAUCCGAGCAUAUGCAGUCAACGGCAUCUGUGGCCACAUUGGCCUCCAUCUCAUCCAUUGCAUCCACUUCGGCAUCGGCCAUGGCGGCGUUGCGCGCACGUCCCUAUCUGGUUGCCCCAUACGUGGCCACCGCCUCCGCACCGCCCACGCCACAGCCGCAUGCUGUCAAUACCUUGUCCAGUGCACGUACAGCGCCCGCAACGCCAACGCGACAGCGCUUUGGAGAUAGUGAGCCAUCGUCAUCGCAUAGCCAUUAUCCGCACCAUAUUGAUGUUGAUAGUGUGCAGGAUUUUGGACUGGCCAUGGCCAUGGAGGAGCUGCCGCCGCAAUACAGCAAGCCCAAAUCCCAGCGCUUCUUUUGGCGCAAGGCGCUCAGACGCGUCUUCCAGCGCCGCAAGUGACGUCAACUGCGCCGUCGACGGCAAGAUUUGCCCCGUUGGCGUCCACGUCGCUGCCGGCGGCGCACGCUGGCCGAGCGUGUGCGCCGCAUAUGCGCUUGCUGUGCCUAUGGCCAGGUGUUGUUGCGCAACGCCCGCCUCGCUCUGCUCAGCUGCAUUCGUUGGCGUACACGUGGCAACAUACGCAACAACAACUUUUACUUUAGCAAUCACUAAACAAUAAUAACAAAAGCAACUGCAAAUGCUCUGCUCUGCACAGGCACACCACACCACACAAACACACACACUGACACCUUCCUCCCACACAAACACACACACAUAAAUACACACACACACACAAAUGUUAAACUAAAAAAUGUUAAUGCGAAAUCUGAUUUAGUUGUUAAAGCAUAUGCACCUAAUUUAUUUCCUUGUGUUUUACACCGAUUAGACAAUUUUUCCUUUGAUACAAUUAUGAAAUUAUAAGCAUUACAUUUUCCUAACAUUAUUCUCUACAUAAUUAUUAUUUUAUUUUCUUUAUUGUUUGCUUUUUAUUUAUUUCUGAAUCUGUAAAUAGGGCAAAAGCUUGGCACAGCUCAUUUUUUUAUUUUUUAUUAUUUUUCUCUUUUGUCUUAAACGAUCUCCAAGAUUUUAUUUUUAUUUUUUUUUGUUUAACCAACAAAGAAAACGAAAGAAUGAAACAGGUUUUUAAUAACAGCCAAUCCAUCAAUCAAUAUAUAUAUAUAAUAUAUUAAAACAUAUAUCUAUCUAUAUAGAUUGCUAAAAUCCGAACAGCCAGUUCAUAUAUAGAAAUUUGUUACUGUACAUUUAAUGCCAGCGAGGCGAGGCAGAGGAGUUGACACGCGCAUACAUAAACAUAUUUAGCAUAUAUAUAUCGUAUAUAGUUAAAUGUAACUGAAGGGUACUGUUGCGACCCAAGGGUUUUUAGCAUACACACACACACACACACACACACGUACGAUCACACACAUAUACACACAUACAUAUGUACAUGGUUAUGCAUAUAAGUAUUCUUGAGCUGAACAUUACAAUAAUGAGCGUAGUUAAUUAGUGUAUCCCGCAAUUUAGUAACAAACAAACUAAUAACAAGAACAACAAUUAACACGAGGUUUACAAUUCAUUGAGCUAAAGCAAAUGCACUAUCAAGCAAAAGAAAGAAAAACGCAAAUAAUUAACAUUAAAUGAAAUCCUUAAAAAUGUAAGCAGCGAAACAAACAGAAAUUAAAUUGUAGCAGCUAAAAAAGAGUUAAGCGAAUAUUGUCUAUUAAAUCCAAUGUUCAAUAGAAAGCAACAAGUUAAUAAGCAAGCAAAAUGAAUGCUAUUCAACAACAAACAAUUCGAUUAGUAAUAUUUGUAAUUCGAAAUGUAGCGAACAACAAUAACAAACACACGCAUUUCUAGGCACACUCACAGACACAAAAAUAUACCCUAGAAAGGCCACUUAAGUUAAGGCUAGUUAGGCGGCGCAGUUAACAGACUUUUUUUUUUUGUUACUUGCAAGAGAAACAGCAAUUGAAACGCUUAACAUAAAUUGAUAAUUGGCAUGGAAUAUAUGUAUGUAUGAAAGUGAACUAUAUAUAUAUAAAUAUAUAUAUACAUGCUUACAUACUCGUAGUUGUGUGUAUGUGUGCAUUAUACUCUGACUAUUUACUAUGAUAAGUGGCCUUAUAUUAAUUCGAUUCUCUGCACAAUCCACAGUCACACACACACACACACACGCACUGCACAACAACAAUAGCAAUUUAAACCUUAACACACACACACACAAGUAUGUAUGAGUAUGUACCAUUUAAUCUAUACUUAAUUGGAAAUGUAUGUGUAGCCAGGCAACACGCGUUAGCUUAAAAACAGAAAAGAAUAUAUCAAGCAUAGACAUUUGCAAUUAAUACUUUAUAAAGAACACACACACACAAUCCUAAGGCAAAAAGUGAAAGUUAAUGAGGGCAACCUUUUAGUACCCUACGAACUUAAUACCUUACCUUAUCUUAAACCAUAUAAUGAGUAAACACACAUGUACUCUAGUCUUCGGCUGGCCGAA